CUCCUGGCGCGCAGGGCAAUUUCGCGCAAAUUGGAAAUACAAAAAUGAAACCAUGACCAGCGCACGCAGCCAUGUCAGCAUCCAGAACAAGUACGAUCGCGUGGUCUUGCUUGUGGACAUGGACUGCUUCUUCUGUCAAGUGGAGGAGAAGCAGCAACCGGAGUACCGCAACCGACCCUUGGCCGUCGUCCAAUACAAUCCUUGGCGCGGGGGCGGCAUCAUCGCGGUAAACUACGCGGCCCGCGCCAAGGGAGUGACGCGCCACAUGCGUGGAGAUGAGGCCAAGGACCUAUGUCCGGACAUCGUGCUCUGUCAGGUGCCCAACAUACGCGAGAAGGCGGACACUAGCAAGUACCGCGACGCAGGCAAGGAGGUGGCCAACGUGCUGCAGCGCUUUACGCAGCUUCUUGAGCGCGCCUCCGUGGAUGAGGCGUACUUGGACAUCACGGAAACGGUGAACCUGCGCAUGCAGCAGAUGCAGAGCGGCGUCUUUGCUCUGAAGCCCCAGGAGCUGGUAAACACCUUCGCCGUGGGCUAUCCCAACAUCGGAGACUAUGUUAACAAGAUCACAAAUCGCUUUGCGAAUCCCUACAUGGACGACGAACGAUUCCAGUUGUCCUACGACCAAAACGACCUACCCGCCGUGCGCCAGAGCGACAUUCGUCUGCUCAUCGGUGCUUCUGUGGCAGGCGAGGUGCGGGCAGCCGUUAAGAAGGAGACCGGGUACGAAUGUUCAGCAGGUAUAGCGCACAACAAGAUCCUGGCCAAACUGGCAGCCGGUAUGAACAAACCCAACAAGCAGACCAUCCUGCCACUCGCAGAGACUGCUGGUCUGUUCGACACCUUGCCAGUGGGCAAGAUCAAGGGGCUAGGAGGCAAGUUUGGCGAGGUGGUUUGCGAAACCCUGGGCAUAAAGUUCAUGGGCCAGGUGGUCAAAUUCACGGAGGGCGAGCUGCAGCGCAAGUUUGAUGAAAAGAACGGCACCUGGCUGUUCAACAUCUCACGAGGCAUCGACUUGGAACCCGUAACUCCGCGCUUUUACUCCAAAAGCAUUGGAUGCUGCAAAAGAUUCCCGGGCCGGAACAACAUCACGGGAUUGAAAACCCUUCGGCACUGGCUGGGUGAGCUCUCAUCCGAGAUUAACGAUCGGCUAGAAAAGGAUUUAAUCGAAAACAAUCGCAAGGCAAAGCAUAUGGUGGUUCAGUAUGUGCAGGACAUUGAUGGUGAGGAGGUGUCCAGCUCCCGCUCGACAGCUCUUAAAGAUUACGACAGGGAGUCCAUCGUAAAAAUGUCCCUUGACCUGAUCAUGGCCAAUACUAAAACAUUUCUGCGUCCCGGCAGCGAGUCUGCACUGAACAACGCUAUUAAAUUUCUGGGCAUCAGUGUGGGAAAGUUCGAAACAGUCUCUAAUGCACAGAACAAGCUACAAGAGAUGUUCGCCAACCAGGCUGCUAAAAAACGAAGAGUCAGCGGAGAGGAGGCAGUGCAACCACCAAAGGUCCAGAUGGAGAAGAAGCCAAAGCAGACAGAGGAGUCAAAGAUGCAGAACUUCUUCGCCAACUACCUGCAAGGAGGCAAAAAAGAUGACAAAAAAGAGGAAUCGAAACCUGAUGAAGUUACGACGCCGGCUGAACCCGGCAAAAAAAGUUUUGCCGAGGAGUACAAGCAGAAACUCCAUGAGGCCACAAAGACCGAAGCAGCCGCCGAGGAAACUGUUCUCACCUCAACGCCGCCUGAGUUCAAGAAAAGCUUUUCCCAGUAUCUGAAGCAACAAAGAGAGUCGCGACAAAAAGAGGGAGAGGGAGCCCGUGAGGAGUCUUCAGAUAUGCAGGGACUAGCCGAGGAACUGGACGCCGCUGAUGCGGGCAAUACAAACGAUUUUGAUGAAGACACUGAGGAGGAGACGGAUUUAACUGGUAAUAUCCCCAAAGUUUCUAAAGAGCAGCCUUCCGUAUCCAAGACCUUACAAUGCGAGCCACCAACCACCUCCAAUGCGACGACACAGAGGGAUUCAUCCCCAUCUGAUAAAGCAGAGCAUCCGCCUCUUACUGAAGAAGAACUGCAGCCUUCAACCUCCAAAAGAAAAUUCGAUGAACUCAAUAGCUCUGCCAACUACAAGCAAAGCUACGCGGAGUUCGCUGUACCCGAGUUCCGCACAGAUCUUUUGCCGAUGGUAAAAUGCGAUCAGUGUGGGGCCAAUAUACCAGACGAAGUAAAAGCCCUGCAAACCCACAGAGAUCAUCACUUCGCCCAGGAACUUAGUCGACAAAUUAGAAGCACCGAGAGGGAAGAGAGAGCGCAGAACCGCCAAAAGGUGUCCCCCAAGCCGACACCACCAAAGAAGAUUAAGAAGGCGGUUGCUUCUGCAAGCACAUCCAACACGACACCUUGCCCGGCUAACAGCAUAACCAAGUUCUUUAGCGCGAAGCCAACACAGGAGCCGCCGUCAAGUGAUGUUCAAAUGCAGCAGUGCACGGAGUGCAAGGCUUUCGUCAAGAGCGUAGACAUGCCGGAGCAUCUGGACUACCACGUGGCCAGGAACCUGCAACGCGAACUAAACCAGCAAGAUCUGCGCCUUCGGACAGCGGCCUUGAGCAAGGAGAAAAGCUCACCGGCUCAGCCGAAGAAGCAGAAACAGAAGCAGCUCAACACCACAAUUUCCGCCUCCUCAAGUGGAAGCAAAACAAUUGCCCAGUUUUUCAGCCAAAGGCAUUAAUGGCCGGCCAUAGUACCACAUUAAGUAUACGAGUACCUACGAACGGAACAAAAAAGAGCUUUAGUUUAUCAUAAUCAUGUUAGAUUUCUAUAGGAUUUAAGGGAAUAUAAAGGUGACAACAUUCGCUUUAUUUUGAAGAUUUAUCAAGCUUCGAAUAAUAAACAAAUUUAAUUUUUUGUUUAUGUUUUGAUUCCGGAUUUGCAUUAAAAACAUUGUGCCGAUACAAGUAUAAUUAAUGAAUUUCACAAUCAGGUUCUGGAUUGCUUUUUUGUUUUGUUAAUAUUUUUUUAUUUGUUUAUUGUAAAUUCACUACGGUUAAGACGCGUCAUAAAAGUCACAUUUAUUAGUUGUAUUUUUUUUUUGCUGGAUUUCUAGACUUAAGAAUAAAUGUUGAUCAUUACCAAUUAUAAAUAAAAACUGCUGAUCUUUGGAUGCUAAAAUAUAGUA